AUGGCCUCUUCGGAGCAACCCACACCUGCGCCGCCGGAGCAACCCUCUGGAUCGACAGAGCAGCCCUCAAAGGAGACAGCUGCUGUCGAGGUUUCCUCCCAGGAUGAUGCCAAGUCCGUCUCAAAGGCCCAGCCAGCAUCCCAAUCCUUCUUUACCUACUUUCAACUUCUGGUCUAUGCGAAUCCGAAAUGGAUCGACUACGUUCUUUUGCUUGUCGGCACACUGAGCGCCAUCGGGUCCGGCGUGCCUUUCCCACUUAUGGGUAUCAUCUUUGGUCAGCUUGUCGAUGAGCUCAACACCGCAACCUGCGCGGUGGAGGAAUCAAGCAGCAGCGUCGACCCCAAGGAAGUCCAAGCUUCAGUCGACUCCAAGGUCCUUAUCCUGACAUAUGCCGGCAUUGCCAACUUCGCCCUCAUCUACAUCUACACGGUGACAUGGAGCAUCUUCAGCCGUCGCCUGGAGACGCGGUUGCGCGAUCGCUAUUUCCACAUGCUCCUCCGCCAGGACGCCACCUUCUACGACUCGAGACAAGCUGGUGAGCUCGCCACCAGGCUCAACGCUGACAUCCAGGCUGUCCAGUCCGGCACCUCUGAGAAGGUCGGUGUCGUCCUCGCAUGCACCGCCUUCUUCUUGACGUCGUACAUCGUCGCCUUCACGCAGAACUGGAAGCUCGCCUGCAUGCUCCUCUCCCUCAUCCCGGCCUUCUUGAUUCUCGCAGGCAUCGGCAGCUUCUUCACCCAAAAGUACUCGACACUCAUGGCCGACGCCAUUGCCUCGGCAUCCUCAAUCGCUCAGGAAUCCCUCUCGCACAUCGCUGUUGUCCAAGCUUUCAGCGCUGGACCCCGGCUUGAGACCAAGUUUGCUGCGCGCAUGCUGGAUGCCCGGAAAUGGGGGAUCAGGAAGGCUCUCGUCGCUGGCGCCCAGGCUGGCAUGCUCUACUUCAUUGCGUAUUCGGCCAAUGCUCUGGCUUUCUGGCAAGGAAGUGUACAGAUUGCUGCAGCUACUCAUGACGAUUCCGGCGUCUCCGUGGGCAAGAUCUACACCGUCAUCUUCCUGCUCGUCGACGCUUGCAUCAUCCUCGGCUCCAUUGCGCCUAUUCUCCCCAUCCUUGGCUCGGCCGGCGCCUCCUUUUACAAGCUGAGGCAGGACAUCGACAGCCGCGCCGCCAUUGAUUCCAGCUCCGACGAAGGCGAGAAGCUGCAGGUCCCCAUUUCCGGUCACCUUUCAUUCCAAGGCAUCACAUUUGCCUAUGUUUCUCGACCUGACCGGCCCGUGCUGAAGAACGUGUCUUUUGAGUGUCCUGCGGGCAAGCACACUGCUCUCGUCGGUCUCUCUGGAAGUGGAAAAUCAACCAUCGCCGGACUUACAGCCAGGUUGUACGAUCCGACAGAAGGAACCGUCUUCCUCGAUGGCCACGACCUCCGAACGCUCAAUGUCAAAAACCUGAGAAGCUUCAUGAGCCUAGUCCAGCAGGAACCGUCUCUGCUUGAUCGUUCCAUCCUCGAGAAUAUUGCCCUAGGAAUCGUCAACUCUCCCCAAUCAGACCACCAGAAAUUCCAGCCCAUCAUCCUCGGAUCCGACCUAGCUGAGAUUGCAGCCAAACUUCGAGAGGGCAAGGACAUCGACGAAGUCGCCCUGUCCCAUGGCGAGGGUGUUGCGGAGCUGGUCAAGCUUGUACGCCACGCAGCCUCUCUGGCAGAUGCUUCUGGUUUCAUAGACAGGCUCGAAUACGGAUACGGUACUCUCGUCGGCACUGGUGGUAAGCUCGUGAGCGGUGGCCAAAGGCAGAGAAUCGCCCUGGCUAGAGCACUCAUCCGUGACCCGCAGAUUCUUAUCCUUGAUGAAGCUACCGCAUCCCUCGACUCUGCAAGUGAGCACCGCAUUCAAAUGGCAGUCGAGUCAAUUGCCAAGGACAGGACCCUCAUUUCCAUCGCCCACCGACUCUCAACGAUCAAGAACGCCGACAACAUCAUUGUCAUGAACAGUGGUCUGAUCGUUGAGCAGGGUACUCACCUGGAGCUUAUGGCUUUGGAUGGCGCAUACGCCAGCAUGGUUCGACUCCAGAACAUCGAGGCAAAGAAGAACGACGAUACGCCGUCGCUCACCAGCACUGCCAGGGGCGAUGCCGACGAGAAGGACUCUAUCCUAGAAGCAAAGCCCAAGGCCAUUCUCGAAGACACGGACAAGGAAGACGAGAAGAAGGAAGAAUCCCCAGAAUCCGGCUCUAGCGCAGACGAAGCCAAACCCGCCGACGUGGCUGAUCUCGACUCUGAGAAAUCCGCCUGGUUCGUUACCAAGAGCGUCGGCCGCAUGGCCCGGCCCGAUCUUUUCUGGAUCAUCAUCGCCAUGUGCGCUGCGCUCAUCGUCGGUGCCACGUUCACAGCAUCCGGUCUCAUCUUCGGAAACACAGUCAACCAUGUGAGCCCCUGCAAGCCUGAAAGCGAGAUUCGCUGGGCUGGCAAGCUGUUCGGCGGCAUGUUCUUCAUGCUUGCCGUGGUAGAGGUGUUUGCCUAUACUCUGAGCUGGUCUGGUUUUGGUUAUGUGGCCGAGAAGCUUUUGUACUUGAUCCGCGUUCUAUCCUUCCGCUCAUUGUAUGAGCAAGGACUGGAAUGGCAUCAGUCCGGAGGCCGCACCGCGACCUCGCUUCUUUCCGUCAUCACUACAGAUGCUGCCGCUGUCGGAGCCUUCAGUGGCUCCAUCAUGGGAACCAUGUUUUCUAUUUCCAUCAAUUUCGUCAUUGCUGUCAUUCUCUCGCACAUUCUCAACUGGAAAAUUGCGCUCGUCUGCCUUGUCACAAUGCCAAUUCUCCUUGGCUCUGGAAUUAUGCAGAUGCGGUCGCUGGCAAGCUUUGAGCGAAGGCACGCGAAUGCUUUCUCCAACGCCGUGGGGAUUUCAGUCGAGGCUGUAAACUCCUUCAAGACGGUUUCGUCGCUUUCACUCGAGGAUGAGCUCAUGGGCUGCUACCGCCGCGCACUCAAGGCUCCAAGAAAGGAGGUAGCACUAGCCAGCGCGUACACCAACCUAUGGCUCGCCAUCUCAAACAGCGCCGGCGGUCUCGUCUACGCACUCGCCUACUGGUGGGGUUCAAAGAGAAUCACUGCCGGCGAGGCUACACAGACUGAGUUCUUCAUCAUCCUCAUUUGCAUGCUUGUCAGUGCUCAGCUCUGGGGCCAGAUGUUCAGUCUUGCGCCCGAGGUGUCACGAGCUCGCGCAGCCGCAUCGCGCAUUCUCAGCUUGAUCGACCUCAGCUCCGCUCACGAUCUCUCUCCCAAGGAGGCACUGGCCGUUUCUGGCUCAACAGCUACCCAAGGUGAGAAGGAUAUCGAGGCUGCCGCGGAGUCUUCAAAGAAGGCCACGCCGGGACAGAAAGGAACUACCAUUACCUUCAAGGACGUGGGCUUCUCCUAUCCAGCUCGCCCUCACAUCCCUAUUCUCAAGGGUAUGUCUUUUACUAUCCAGAGCGGCCAGUUCUGUGGCCUUGUGGGACCCUCGGGAGCUGGCAAGUCGACAAUCAUGUCUCUCGUGCAGCGCAUGUACACGCCCUCGAGUGGAACUGUCGAGAUCGACGGCAUGGACAUCAUGGGACGGGAAGGAACUGAGUUCAGGGACGAUAUUGCCGUCGUGCCACAGGAUUGCGCCCUGUUUGAGGGCACGAUCCGUUUCAAUGUUGGCUUAGGUGCCAGGUCCAAUCAAGAAGCUACAGAAGAGGAGAUCCACGAAGCCUGCCGCCUGGCCAACAUCCACGACACGAUCAUGGCACUCCCCGACCAGUACGAUACCGAGUGCGGGCCCAACGGCUCUCGCUUAUCCGGCGGUCAGCGUCAACGUCUGGCAAUCGCGCGUGCCCUGGUCCGCAAGCCUCGACUCCUGCUCCUGGACGAGAGCACGAGCGCACUCGAUGCCGAGAGCGAGAGGGCUCUGCAAGAAGGCCUGGAGCGAGCUGCUCGGGGCAUCACGACCAUUGCCAUCACCCACAGGCUGCACACCGUCCGCAAGGCCGACGUCAUCUUCGUGGUGGAGGGUGGCCAGGUGGUCGAAAAGGGGCGGCAUGAAGAAUUGGUGGCUACCAGCGAGACGUAUAGACCAGAAACCAGCGGUCGUCGGCCGUACCGCGAAACUCUUUCGGAACCCACUUGGAUUCGCACAAACGCGGGAAUUCCGACUGCCAAUCGAAUCUUUCUUCUUUUCCUCUCUCUUCAUAACUUCACCAUUCCGCCUCUGGCUGGCCCUGGGAAUCCCUCCUCUGUUCCUGACCCGGACCCUGGUACCGCCACCAUCCACGGCCACUGCGAACGAGGAGGGGAUCGAAAGCAACGGUCAAUCGGCGACCCCCCUCUCGUAGCCCUCGACGGCGACGCCGAGCAGUUCGAGCUUGCCGACUACAGCGACAUCGCGGCUCGUCAGGAAGGCGAGAAGCGCAGGGAGCGACAAGAGGAGAAGCGCGCGCAGAAACGGGCCUGGCUCGAAGAACGAGACGAGAUGAAGUUCUCCCACAGCAUCCAGUUCAAUGCUGUUCCGGACUGGAGCAGCCAUUACAUAGCGUACAGCAACCUCAAGAAGCUAAUCUACCAACUUGAGAAGUCUUACCAUCAUACCCGGUCGGGCGAUGCCGAAUCACGACCUUUAAUACCAAGCGAGGACCCGGAGGAGAUCUUCAGCAAGGCGCUGGGCAUCGAGCUCGAGAAGAUAUGCUCGUUCUACGUGGGCAAGGAGGGAGAGCUCCUCGACGAGGUCAACCAGCUCCUGCGGGAUAUCAGCAACUCUGGCGCAGCGGAUGGGCUGGCACCUCUACGGCCAUUCACCUCCAACGACGGGCAACGCGAUCCUGGGCGCCCGACCAGCUCACUUGGCAUAUCUGAAGACGAGGUCGAGGAGGAUAGUGCGAGCGAUGAUGAUGAGAGAACCGGGCUAACGAGGGCGAGGAAAGGCAGCGUGGGCAGACGGCCGAAUAUGGGCACCAGUACCCAUAGCCUUGGCGACAUGGCGGCCUCGUCUGAAUUUGGGCGAUCCGUCCGGAGACAGAGCACCACAUUCGACGAAAACGAGCAGUCGGUGUACUUCUCGUCGGAGCUCUACUCGUCCGCCAUUGUAAUCAAGAAGCGCAUCAUCAGUCUCUAUGUCCAGCUUUGCGAGCUCAAGUCGUUCACCCAGCUUAACAACACUGGAUUCAGGAAGGUCUUGAAAAAGUUCGACAAGAUUUUGGAUAAGGAGCUCAAGACCAGCUACAUGCACACCAAUGUCGACACUGCCUACCCGUUCAAGGACGAGACCCGCAAGGUCUUGGAGGAGAACAUUGCCAAGAUUGAGACGGCGUACACAGAUGUCGUCACGGGGGGUGAUCGGGAGCUUGCCAAGAAGGAUUUGCGAUCGCACCUGCGAGAGCACGUCGUCUGGGAGCGAAACACGGUCUGGAGAGACCUGAUUGGUAUCGAGCGCAGGGGAGAGGCUGCCAGGUUGGGACAGUCUCUCCUUGGCCACGACCCCAAUGCGACCCGGGCGAGACUUCAAGGCGAUGAUCUCCUCGAAAUAUCACACAAGGGGCGAUUCAACUUGCCGGCUUGGCUGGCCAAUACUUCAAUGCUCACGCUCUUCAUCUGCGUUGGGAUAUUCUUUGCGCUGCUAUACGUGCCGAUUAUGCAGAAGCCAGAACAGCAAAACUGUCUCGCUCUUCUAGUCUUCGUAUCCCUGCUCUGGGCAACUGAGACAAUUCCUCUCUUCGUCACAUCACUUCUCAUCCCCUUCCUCUCCGUCCUUCUCAAUGUGGUGCGCGACGAGGGUAGUGGUAAGCACCAUCACCGUCUCAACUCCAAAGACGCCACAACCGCCAUCUUCGCCGCCAUGUGGACGCCCGUCAUCAUGCUUCUCCUUGGUGGCUUCACCCUAGCAGCCGCCCUGUCAAAGUGCAAGAUUGACAAGAGGCUCGCCACUCUCAUCUUGAGCAAGGCGGGAACGCAGCCUCGCACGGUCCUGAUCGCCAACAUGUUUGUGGCCGCUUUUGCUUCCAUGUUGAUCAGCAACGUAGCAGCCCCUGUGCUUUGCUACUCUAUCAUUGAGCCUAUGCUACGUACGUUACCUUCUGAUUCCGACAUGACCAAGGCAGUCAUUAUUGGAAUUGCCCUGGCAUCGAAUGUCGGCGGUAUGCUCUCUCCUAUUGCAUCGCCACAGAACGUGAUCGCCAUGGGCAUCAUGCAGCCCCCUCCAACCUGGAUCCAAUGGUUCUUCAUCGUCAUCCCAGUCGGUGCCAUCUCCCUCGUCCUUAUCUGGCUCUUGCUGCUCAUUACGUUCCGACCUGGACGCGGCAUCUCUAUUGCACCCAUCCGGGCCGUGAAGGAGCAAUUCACUGGUGUUCAAUGGUUUGUCUCCAUUGUUACCUUUGCAACAAUCGCUCUGUGGUGUGCGAGCCACCAGUUGGAGAAUGUCUUCGGCGACAUGGGAGUCAUCGCCAUCAUUCCUAUUGUUCUCUUUUUUGGCAUCGGUAUUCUCACCAAGGAGGACUUCAACAACUUUCCGUGGACCAUUAUCAUCCUGGCUGCUGGAGGUUUGUCUCUUGGCAAGGCUGUUCGAUCUUCUGGCCUUCUGCACACCGUCGCAGGAAUCGUCACAGCCAAGGUCGAGAACAUGAGCCUAUACGGUGUCCUGGUGGUCUUCUCGACCCUAAUCUUGGUCAUUGCCACCUUCAUCAGCCACACCGUCGCGGCCGUCAUUUUCCUCCCCCUCGUCUACGACGUGGGUGCCGCUAUGGAUCUCCCACAUCCCAACCUCCUGGUCAUGGCCGGCGUGCUCAUGUGCAGCGCUGCCAUGGGUCUCCCCACCAGUGGUUUCCCCAACAUGACCGCUAUCAUGAAGGAGGAUCCAGCCGGGCACAGAUACCUGCAGGUCAAGCACUUCAUCAGCAGAGGUGUGCCCAGCAGUUUCAUCACCCUGGCCGUCGUUGUAUCCCUUGGCUAUGGAAUUAUGCAGCUUGCCGGUAUUGAUUAA